AUGCUUCUCGUGCCCCUCCCGGAGCCGAGCCCCACGGAGAAAUGGCAGCGCACUGUUCCGCUGACGGUGCUAGCAGCCUCGACCAAGGUCUUCCUGUUGACGGCGCUUGGAUUCGCCGACAGACGCGGGCCCAGCGGCCAAGGCGUGCCCGGCCCAGCGUUGGAGGAGCAACACCUGCGGGACGGCUACGGUGCCUUGACGGCCACCGUGUUCCUCUCCUCCGUUUCGGUCGGCGCCAACCUGCUCAACGUGCCGCAGGGCAUGGCCCAUCUUGGCUGGCUGGCGGUGCCUUUUGUGCUGGUACUGUCCCUGCAAAGCUGCUUCACCUCCCACCUGCUGGCCUGCUGCUGGACCAUGGUGGAGGCGCUGGACCCGGCGCUCAGCGGACCCGUGCACCAGCCGUACCCGCUGAUCGCCGACCGCGUUCUUGGAACCUGGGCGAGACACAUGACUUCACUGACGGUGAUGGCCGUCGACACGCUGACAUCCGUCAUGCUGCUCGUGCUGGCCUCGGACCUGGUGGCCACCAUCAUCACCUACGCCUUCCCCCGCGCCGAGCCGACCAUCUGCUUGAUGAUCAUCUUAUUGGCGACCUUCCUCUGCCCCUUUACCUGGUUCCAGUCGCCGAAAAACUUCUGGUAA